GGAACUUCCCUUUUUUUGGGAAAGCAAGGCAGACUCUACGAAGUCACUCGAUGACGAUCCACUCCUCGACUACAAAUCGUAUACGGUAGAAUAGGUGAAUGAAUCAAAUCAAUCGCCUCGCUUUACCUUACAGUGCUGUGAAUUUUUCGACGAGAACAAGCAAAAUUCCAUUUUUUUGGAUAAAAUACAUCACAACCAUCUUUCUCAUCCGUUCGUGAUUCAGACACAAGCGCACGCAGAGGCUUUCUGCAGACGAUACCUCCUGCAAUAUCAAUAACAUUGCAUUGAAGAACGAUUUUGAAUGGCAUUGAAAAUACCAGAAAUUAUCAGCAAAAUGGCAGAAGCGGCAAAAGCUAAAUUCGAAAAGGAGAAAAGUGAUGUCUUGAAGGCACUCCCGGACGAGAUCAAGGACGUCUUUGGAACCAUUGGCUUUUGUCCCGGAGAAGACGACGACGAUGAGGAGGAUUCAGGAGAGAAGAACGAAGCAACAGCUAGAUCGGACCCUGCCGAGCCAUACAUGCAGCCCGUAUUAAUUGUCAGCCCCUACGACGUUCCGCCAAAACCCAUCCGAGAUAUUUAUUGGAUGGACGCCUUCACCAAGGCAAAGCGCAGCAAGGCAAAGCUGAAAAAGCUCGACUAUCUCGUAUACGUCUACGGGAGCGACGAUCCCGACGACUGCUACAAUUUUGUGUCCCACGAAGACUUCGUCACGCUGGAAGAAGGCAGGGCGAGCGGUUUUGACGUUCUCCCCCCCGCGGUGGCGGCCAAAUCGGAGGAGGAGCGCACAGCGUCAGAGAAGAAACUGGUCCGGGCGGUCGAGGCACUGAACAACGAUCUGGCCAAGACACCAGAGGAACGCCGCAAGCACGGGGCAUCCUUCCUUGAGGGAUACGAAAAGAUCAAGGCCAAGGAAGACGCAAAGGAUCAGCCGCCGGCGAAAAAACAGAAGACAUAAAACAAAACGAAACGAAACGAAUCAAAUCAAAUGGAUCUGGCGGGAAACAAAUAGUCACUUAUUGCGCGAUAUGGGAGGUUGGUGUGUAGGAAGAAAGACAAAAUCAUCGUCACACUUUCAGCAAUUAUCGACUCAACGCAACCGCAACAGUCAAAGGGAAAAUCAAACACAUCGUAGGGAACGAAUGAUCGGGCAGGAAGAUAAAACGAAGAGCAAUGGGGAACGACGGGGUUUCGGGAAUCGUUCCACACUUACAGUAAUGUAUUCCAAUCAGAAGAUGCCAAAAAUAGCGGAUUACUAAACCAAAAUCUUGCAA